AUGGUCGCCAGUUGUUACCAUAACCUUAAAAACUACGAAGAGAGUGUCAAGCUCUGGCAGCAAGUGGUGGAGCGUCACCGGAAGGUUCUAGGGCCGGAAGAUAGGGAUACUCUUCGGGCAUCGUCAAGUCUAGCCUUGGCGUAUUAUGCAGCUGGUCGCUUGGAUGAUUCCGAAAAGUUGGAGGAACAACUACUCGAACAACAACGCAAGGUUUUGGGCGAAGAUCAUUACGAUACUUUCUGUACAGCCAUUAACCUCGUUGCAACGUAUCAGCCUCAAGGGAAGACUGAUGAGGCGAUUCGACUACAGCAAGAGACACUUGCGUUGGUGAAGAAACACUUGGGAAUGACCCAAGUUAUCUACUUUCGAUCCAUACUGAACUUGGCAAGCAUGCAACGAGACUUACAAGGCGCAUAUGCAGGCAGACAGUUAGUGAUGGAGACGCUUGGUGCCGGGCAUUCACUGUACACAUUUGCAAACCAGGUCAUCGCAGGACUCGAACAAAGGGACCAGCUGGCCUAA